AGGCGAACAACCAAAUUGGAAGAAAGCAAUAUCAAGUCGAAAAAUCAUGGGGAGAGGCCAUGCUCUCUACUUCAAUGUCGGAAACAAAGCCAGAGAUUUUUUUUACAAGGGUUGUGUUAAUCAGUUCUUCACCCACAAUCGCAUCCUCAGAAGCCCCAGUAUUACCCGCACCACAAGCACGGCGCUCUACUCUCACUCCAGUCCUCUAGUCUCAGAUGGGUUUGCGUUUUUCCGCUUGCUUUCCUUCACUCCAACGCACAGGCGUGCCCCUGACCCAGAUGACCCAGUAAACCUGAUGAAAGAAGAUGGUGUCUCGGUUUGUUCCCAAAUGUGGAUUGAGAAUUUCCGGGAACCUGAAAGGAUUGCCACCAAUUUAACAUCUUAUCAACGUAGGUUUGAAUUAUGGGUAUUGGCUUAUCAGAAAGUAAGUGCAGACGACAUGGGAGCUUAUAUGCCUCGUAGUUCAAUUACUAGGUCUGCAUUGGAAGAUUUGUUAGCCUUACGGAAUGCUGUUCUUGAUAAUAGGUUCAAGUGGGGUGCUAGGUUGCAUUUCUUUAUAAAAUCACCUAGAGAUAAGACUGAUUAUGAGUCUUUGUCCAAGAGGAAGAUUAAGGCUAUAUUGACAACUACACAACCAGCUCCCUUUCAAGAUAAGAUAGUGCAAGAGGUUUUGUUUAUGAUAUUGGAGCCAAUAUAUGAGGCACGGUUUUCACAAAAGUCAUUUGCAUUUAGGCCAGGGAGGACUGCACACUCAGUGUUGAGGGUGAUUAGGAGAAAUUUUGCUGGUUAUUUGUGGUAUAUAAAAGGGGACUUAAGUACAAUUAUGGAUGGUUUGAAAGUUGGGUUGGUGAUAGGUGCUUUGAUGAGGGAUGUGAGGGAUAAGAAGGUUAUUGAUUUGAUUAAAUCAGCUUUGGUUACACCUGUGAUAACUACUCCAGUUGAUGCAGGGGAAAAGAAGAAGAAGACAAAGCGGAAGUAUCAGAAGAAGAGGGUAUUAGCAGAGGAUGAGCCAAAGCCUGACCCAUAUUGGUUGGAGAGCUUUUUUGGGUUUGCUCCAGAGGAGGCAGAGAAAGUUCCAUCAUGGGGACAUUGUGGAAUUCUUAGUUCCCUUUUGGUUAAUGUAUGUCUUGAUGAACUGGACCAUUGGAUGGAGGGUAAAAUUAAGGAGUUUUAUCGUCCUUCAAAGAGUGAUGUCAUAUGGAAUAGCCCUGAAGGGGAAGCAGAACAGGGGAAUACAUCUUGGCCAGAAUUUGUUCCAACAAGCGGACCAGAUAAGACACGGAAGAUGGAUUAUAUACGCUAUGGAGGUCACAUUUUGAUUGGUAUUCGAGGACCAAGGGCAGAUGCAGCCACAUUGAGAAAGCAAUUAAUAGAGUUCUGUGAUCAGAAGUAUAUGCUCAAGCUUGACAAUGAGAGUCUUCCUAUUGAACACAUUACCAAAGGUAUAAUGUUUCUUGACCAUGUGUUGUGUCGAAGAGUUGUGUACCCAACGUUACGAUAUACAGCAUCUGGUGGAAAGAUUAUUAGUGAGAAGGGUGUUGGCACCCUUCUCUCAGUCACAGCUAGCUUAAAACAGUGCAUCAAGCAGUUUAGGAAGUUGAACUUUCUUAAGGGUGAUAGGGAUCCAGACCCACAGCCAUGUUUUAGAAUGUUCCAUGCUACUCAAGCUCACACCAAUGCCCAAAUGAACAAAUUCUUGUCAACUAUGGUUGAAUGGUAUAGGUAUGCAGACAAUCGCAAGAAAGUUGUUAAUUUUUGUUCUUACAUCAUGAGGGGUUCACUUGCAAAGCUCUAUGCUGCAAAAUACAAACUUAGAUCACGAGCAAAAGUUUACAAGAUUGGUUCUCGAAAUCUAAGCCGCCCUUUGAAGGAGAAGAAAGGACAGUCACCUGAGUACCAGAAUUUGUUGAGAAUGGGCCUUGCUGAGUCUAUUGAUGGGCUUCAGUAUACAAGGAUGUCUCUUGUUCCUGAGUGUGAUUAUACACCCUUCCCAAGUAAUUGGAGACCGGAUCAUGAGAAGACAUUACUUGAAUAUAUAAGACUUGAUGAUCCAAAAACUCUGGAAGAGCAACGAAGUUGUAUGAGAGAGCAGGGUCUUGUUUCACCUCAGGACUACAUUUCAAUGCUUGUUUGGAACUACAAAAGAAAUGCAGUUGUGAUGGAUCAGCUUCCACUCUUAAAAAGUGGUGGAAGUAUCUUUGAAAAAGAUCAGCAGCUCUUGACCUCAAAUCAUGAGAACCAUGAUCAAAAGACCAAGGAGGAGGAAGAAAUUGAAGAAGGGCUUCAUGUUGCACGGAUUUAAAGAGGUGUUCCUUGUUAAUAUACUGCGGGAAGGAAAGAUAUUGCUAGGAUUAUCUUCCCUGAUGAUAUUCCUAAGGUGCUUAAAGUUGACGGGAGACAAGGAAGCAAUGCUUUGGAAGUAAAGAAAAAGGGAUUCUGUUUUGCAAACUUCUGAAGUUGCAAUCGUACAGUAAUUUGUAUGGACAAACAGAUUAGCAUUGGAGCAAUUGGAGGCUAUAAAUGUUGAUAAACUGACAAUAUGGACUGAAGAUCGUUGGUGGAGCAGGCUGUGUUACUAAUGCUAGCAGAUGAUUAAAGAUUUAAAAGGCUUGGCCUAGUGGAACACAUGAUGCUGUUAUUACAGGAAAUGACUUGAACCCUUUCAAGCCCUAAUUAGACCACACCCCACCUCAGCCCCCACCCCCAAAAAAACCUGGAGGCACUCGAUGCUCAAGGAUUCUGUGUCAAGCAACAAGCCAUGGCACUGUAGCUGGGAUGCUGUAUUUAUCUUCCUGAAAGCCAGAAAACUUUACGUGUAAGCAAAUUAUUUGUCUUGUCAAGGAUUAGAAAGAUCACUACAAUAUAGAGCUCUUGAAGAGCUUGGUAAAGAUGAGUUCUUCACAGACUGAGAAACCAUGGCACGAAUGUCUUGCGCAGAGCAUAGUCUCUACUCACAGGUAAAAUGCAUAAUUUUGUUCAGGGGCCUUUAUGUGUCUUCUUUCACCAUAUUUUUGAUGGUUCAAUAGUCCCUUUGUCAGAAAGUCUUCAAAGUUUACGUUGUAAUUUAACAUAGGUUUUGAUCUCAAAUGUAUAUUUCUUUUUAUUUUUUAAGAUAAAAUAUGUACGCAGUA